AUGGCGUCCAGAGCUCAGGACCUGAAACUGGCUCUUACCCGGACUAAAGUCAAGAUCAGGGGCCUGGAGAAGCAGGUGCACAGGGAGAUUGGUCCAGAGACCGGUCCAGACUGUGGUCCAGCUCUGAGUCCAGAUCCGGGUUCAACAUGGAUCUCCAAAGAACUGCGCGACUCAUUGGUAGAUAUGUACAAAGCUAACCCUCGCGUGAACGAGGAACUGCGACACAGACUUCCUUCUCCUGGACGCAGCCCCAGGAGCCCCCUACCCCUGUCCCCCAGGAGCCCCCCUAGGAGCCCCCCCAGGAGCCUCCCCAAGAGCCCCCCGAGGAGCCCUAAAGCCCCAAUCCAGAUCCAGAGCCGCAGUCCUCCACGCAGUCCAGGCAGCCACAGAUCUGUGAUCAGCCCGGACCACACCUGUCCCCCAGCUCCCCCGUCUCCCCCAAGAUCAUCUGCCUCCCCCAUCAGGAAGUCCCCCUCAGGACCCAGACACGGACUGAAGCUCGGACCCUUCACGAUGGAGGUGGACCUUAAAUCUGCACCUGACAGGAUGGAGCCUUCGACCAAUCAGGGAGCAGCAUUUCAGGGCCGCGACAAAAACAUCACAUUUCUGCUGAAGGAGCUGGACUCUCUACGAGACCUCAACACCAAGCUCCAGGAGCAGCUGUUGCAGAAGGAGAAGGAGCUUCAAGAGAAAGAGCAGGACGACCCUCAGACCCGGAUGGAGCAGGAGAUAUGGACCAGGACCACAGAGGUGGUGGAGCAGCUGAUGGAGGCACAGAAGCGGCGCGAACAGGCGAUGAUGUCACGGCUGCGCUUGGCCAAUGAGGAGCGAGAUCAGGCCCUGCUCACCGCCCAAAGACUGACAGAGGCCGCGGCCAAUCACUUCUCUGUGGAUCCAGACUCUGUGGAGGACUGUGACCUGGACGUCCUGGAGCUGUUGGACCAUGUGUGCACUGCAGACUCUGUCCAGCAGAUGGGGCAGUUUGGUUCAGUCCUGGUGCAGCGUGUGAGGUCGGCAAGGCAACGCAGGAGUGACAUAACCGCACAGGAAAUGAGCGCCGUGAUGGACGAGCGGGACCUCAACGCUGCCAAGGUGAAACGUCUGGAGGAAGAGCUCAGAGAGCUUCGACUGCUUCAGGCGGAGCUGGUGAUGCUGCAGAGAGAGAGAGACGCUGGUGUGGACGAGCGGCGGCGUCUGGAGGCGGAGCUGCGGGAGCUCAAAGUCAAUCACAAACGCUCAGUAGCCCCGCCAACUGCGCAGCCCACUGAGGAUGCCACUGCCUUGUCGCUUCCUGAUGACGUCACCGCACUACAGCAGCAGCUUAUGAUGAUGUCGCAGCAGAAGCAGAGCUCGGAGGUGGAGCUUGUUCAGGCCAAUGAGAAGAUCCAGAGGUUGGAGCGACUGGUGGAGGUUUUGAGGAAGAAGGUUGGAACAGGAAGUGCUCGCGCCAUUGUCUAA